UUUAUCUUCGUAAUGGAUAACAAUGCAGUAGUAUCGACCUACGUUGUGGUAUUUCGAAUGCACUUCUACAUACAACCUAUCCACUCCGUCGUCGGCUCGAAAGAACAUUCAACGGCCAGCAAUGGCGGAACCCAAUCGCUGGACUUGGAGUGCGCAGCAUUUAGAUCACUACCGGGUUGUAUGGGAUCCUGAUGGACAGCCGGAAUAUAUUUGGAGUAAAACUCACGUUGGCUCCCAAAGACGUGAUGAGAGUUAUGACUCCGCGGUUGGCACGAGUCCUCUCAGAAGCGGCCCAGGCGCAGUGGACACGACAAGCAAUGCCUCGAACAUUAACAGAGAGCAAGACGGGAGGGCAAGCGCAUAUCCACCUCUGCCAACUAACUCAGCCGAGAAAUCAGCCCGAUGCACGGCCAGUUUCAAGGAUAUUUCAAGCAGCCUUAGAAACGCACCGGAGCAAGGUCGAACAUUGAAAUCUUACUUUUCAAAUGAGAACGAUAGAUUUCAGCUGUGGAAUUCGAGUUUCGACGUGGACGCUGGCGGCCUUGAUCGUCUGAGUCCCGAGGACUCUGACCUCGUUGAUAGCAUUCUAGAAAGCCUAGAGUCGUAUCUGACAAGAUAUAAGGCGCUAUUAGACGAUGAUAUACACACCGCACUGCAGGACGAGCAUUUCAUCACCCACGUCAGACACACGCUGAGAACUUUGUUUGAACUUUCUCCGGUCCUUGAAUAUUCAAGGGACUUCAACCUCAUUGAAGAGAUGAACCUUCUGAAUAUUGCUGAGCCCAAGAAAGUUCAACCUGGAGAAGCUGGUGCCGAUGAGUUGAUCCCACCUGUGAAAGACGAUGGGGACUGAGACGAAAGAUUCUUCCCUAGUCGUGGUAGGUAUGAUCAACCCAGUACGGGAGGUUCUUCGGCCGUUUCGGUGGGGUCCUCGAUCAGUCGCAGUGUGUCGACAGCCCCUACAGAAGAUUCAUCAGCUCCCCAUAUGGAAGUAUGGAUGGGGGUAGGGGUAGCUGAUCCCGUGAGGGGAAGUCCUGGGACGCAUGAGAAACUAGAUCCUUCGUACUGUGUUCGAGCGGACGCAAAAAACUUCUUCAAACGUGGAAGAAUGUUUUCGGUGCUAUUCUCGGAGGCCAUGGGACAUAUCCCGCCACGACAAGAUUCAGAUAACGUCACAUUUAUUGUUCACUCAGGGAGGAUGUAUAGCCAAAUAAUACGAUUCGU